UACACGAUUUCAAAGUUGCUUCCUCUCCUCUCCCAAACAUCGACAACUUCAAUCCAGCAAUAGUGCGGUAAAUCUGUCAAGAUGGUAAGUUGAUGCAAUUACUUCAUUGUCUGCGCUGCGCAGACAGUGGACUACACAAUCUGGCGAUCAAAGUUCCUCGAAUGAGCAGAAAUGCCAAAGAGAACUUGAGAGUCCCUGCAGAAUGUUCGGAUCUCAGAUCUGAAAUGUCAACUGCGGAUUCGAGGAUAUGGGCUAAUUCAUGAUUGCAGCCUUUCACCAAGCUGGUCAAGAACUCGGCGUACUACAGGUAAGAAUCUGCGAAUCUCUCAUCUUCGUGCAAUACUGAUUGUCAACAGCCGCUACCAAACCAAGUACAAGCGUCGUCGUGUUGGAAAGACCGAUUACUAUGCCCGCAAGCGCCUCAUCACCCAAGCCAAGAACAAGUACAAUGCCCCCAAGUACCGUCUCGUCGUCCGAUUCACCAACCGCGAUAUCAUCAUGCAGAUUGUGACCUCUGAGAUCACUGGCGACAAGGUCUUCUGCGUUGCCUACUCCCACGAACUCAAAGCCUACGGUAUCGAACACGGUCUUACCAACUGGGCUGCCGCAUACUGCACUGGUCUCCUGAUCGCUCGUCGUGUCUUGAAGAAGCUCGGCAUGGAUGAGGACUUCCAAGGUGUCGAGGAGGCUGAUGGAGAAUACAAGCUCACCGAGGUCUCUGAGGCAGAGCGACGACCAUUCAAGGCCUUCCUCGAUGUUGGUCUUGCCCGUACUUCCACUGGUGCCCGUGUCUUCGGUGCCAUGAAGGGUGCUUCCGAUGGUGGUAUUCUCAUUCCCCACUCCGAGAACCGCUUCCCAGGUUACGACAUCGAAACCAAGGAGCUCGAUGCCGACACCCUUCGCAAGUACAUCUACGCUGGCCACGUUGCCGAGUACAUGGAGACCCUUGCCGACGACGAUGAGGAGCGAUACAAGUCCCAAUUCCAGGGCUACAUCGAUGAUGAGAUUGAGGCUGAUGGCUUGGAGGAGUUGUACCAGGAGGCUCACAAGCAAAUUCGUGAGGAUCCCUUCAAGAAGCCUGAGGAUGCCGAGGAGAAGAAGCCCAAGGAGGAGUACAAGAAGGAGUCGCUGAAGUACAAGGGUCGCAAGGCCACCAAGGAGGAGAAGAUGGAGAGAGUCAAGGCCAAGAUUGCCGAGCUCAAGGAGGACUAAACUUCUGUCUCUAUGUUAUUUCGCUCUUUCUCGCUUCUGCAUCCGUCGAAUUGGCUCUGCAAUCAUGGGAUGACCGUCAUGAGGAGUUCUGGCAGCAAAAAGACUUGAAUGCAUUGCAAUGAACCUCCAGAUAUGCUUCCUUCAUUGAACUUCGUGACUAUGAUAUCAGGAUCCUAAUUCAGAAUCAC